CGCUAAAGCUCGCCGGCGCCGUAACACUGCCUCAGCUCCCAGCGGCCCUGGCGGGAGCGAGCAUAACGCAUGCUCAGAGCUGUGGGGCCCCCGCGCGCACCCCUCCCCCUCCUCCGGCCCCGCCCUCGCGGCCCCGCCCCUCGCUCUGCGCCUUCUCCCCGGCUGCGGGCUCCGAGCGCCGCACCUCCCUUCACCGCCGCAGAGCCCCGGGUCUGGACUGCCCGUACGAGGCACGCGCGCCUGGCCGCACCCCUGCCCAGCAUGUCGGCGCUCGAGUGGUACGCCCACAAGUCCCUGGGCGAUGGCAUCUUCUGGAUCCAGGAACGCUUCUACGAGUCGGGCAACCGCGCCAACAUCUGGCUGGUGCGGGGGUCGGAGCAGGACCUGGUGAUCGACACAGGCCUGGGGCUGCGCAGCCUCCCCGAGUACCUGUACUCUUCCGGCCUGUUGCAGGACCGUGGGGCCAAGGAGGAUUCGGCGCGCCGGCCGCUGCUGGCAGUGGCCACCCACGUGCACUUCGACCACUCGGGAGGGCUCUACCAGUUCGACCAGGUGGCCGUGCACCACGCCGAGGCCGAAGCCCUGGCUCGGGGGGACAACUUUGAGACGGUGACCUGGCUCUCGGAUAGCGAGGUGGUGCGGGCGCCCAGCCCCGGCUGGAGGGCCAGGCACUUCCGCGUGCAGGCGGUGCAGCCCACCCUGGUCCUGCAGGAUGGCGACGUACUCAACCUCGGCGACAGACAGCUCACGGUCAUGCACAUGCCGGGCCACUCCAGGGGCAGCAUUUGCUUACAUGACAAAGAUCGGAAGAUUCUCUUCAGUGGGGAUGUGGUCUAUGACGGCUCGCUGAUUGACUGGCUCCCGUACAGCAGGAUAAGCGACUACGUGGGCACCUGUGAACGUCUGAUAGAGUUAGUGGACCGAGGCCUGGUUGAGAAGGUGCUUCCUGGGCACUUUAAUACCUUUGGUGCAGAAAGGCUUUUUCGAUUGGCUUCUAACUAUAUUUCGAAAGCUGGCAUAUGUCACAAAGUAUCUACUUUUGCCAUGCGAUCUCUUGCAAGUUUAGCCCUACGUGUAACAAAUUCGAGGACCUCACCCUAGUAUCGACACUGGUGCUCUAUUUCUAUUAACCAUAUAAGUUAACCCAUUUCAUUUUGUGCUGUUUAAAAUGGUUAACAUGAGCAUUUCAAGAAGUGCAUUUAUACCGCUAUUGUGUGCUACAGGAGAAAAGAUUGAGAAUGAUAAGCCAAAAAAAGGAAAAGUCAGUGUUUUUCUUUUUUCAAGUAAGAAACCACUUAAAUAAGCUUAUAAUUUGCCAAAGCUGUAAUUUUGUAAUAUUUGCUCCAAAAAUGCCAUAAGAGAACGUAGAAAAGCAAGAAGGCAUUUUAUAGCAAGUAAAAUAAUUUUUCUUGCCCACUUUUAUUAUUUCCUAGGUCACUUAGGAAAAAAGUCAUAUGGAAUUUUACACUUACACUCUAAACUCGGUUUUUUUGUUUAUUAUUUAAAGACAAAGUUCCUUGGGUUCAAGAUACACAUUAGAACUCAGUGCUAACAAAUAAACUAACAGAGUGACAAGUCAAACAUCCCAUGGUAUGGUCCUCAAUUUUUAAUGCUUCCUUUAAUUUAUUAUUUAUGUAAUUAUAGCAUACAUUAUAUACUGUGUAAUUUAACUCAUGAAAAAUAUAAUAAAUUUUGUUUUAUUGCAAAGCUUUAAAUAUAAAUCGCAGAAUGCUUCAGUAAAAGGCUACUUAUAUAUUGUUGUCUGUUAUGUAAGUAAUAUUUUCAAUGCUAAAAGUAAAACUCAAAUAUAUGUAAUCUAGUUGCAUAUUAUCGGAUUUCUCAAAAGGACACUGUCAGGCAAAUUUGAAAAUAUACAUAUUGAGAAUAAUUUUUUAUUAUAUCCUAUUUUAAUAUUAACAGCUUACUAUAAACAAAAUUUCUCUUGUUAAAUAGCAACUUCAGUAUUGUAUCAUGUUUUACAGAACUAUAGAAAUCUAUGACAUCUUGAUAUAAACCAUUCUUUUACUUAACACUUAUAUGUAUCACGAAAGGAUUUUCAAAUUAAUUGCAGAGUGUGUAUUAAAUAUUGACUCAGAGUGAAUUGCCUUUCUUAUCCUGAUUCACAGCACCUCUUCCUGUUCAAUAUUCUUUGUCUCAAAUGAAAACAAGUCUGCAUUCACAGAAUCAUAGGAAAAGUUAAAUUAUUACUUAGUAAAAUGUUUUAGGUUGGUGCUCUUAAUAAUAAUUUAUUUAAAAAUCCUUUUUGGAAUAUUUCAGAAAAGUUUUUUAAACAGUUUUUCCACUACUUUUCUAUUAUUGACAUGUCUAAAACCAAAUAAUACAGCUUUGGAAAUUAGAUUUUUCGGUAUUAGGAAGGUCCAACAAUUUUGAUUUCUGUCAAAUUAUGUAACUUUUUCUACCCUACAGUCACCUGGAUUCUUUAGGUUUUUAAAAUUCACUUAGUACACACACACACACACACACACACACACACACUCCACGUACAUAUAUGCAUAGCCACAUACAUACAGGCACAGCACUGCGAUAAACACUGUGGAAACUUCAAAAGUCAGAGACAUUAUAGCUGGACGUUGAAGGCACACAAAAUAUGAGUGGUUAUAUAUGCAAGUAAAAUUUAAUGUAAAAAUACAUGCGUGUAAGGUGCAUAAAGGGAUGAGUGUGAAGUUUGGUUAGACAAAAAUAUUCUGGAGAAAUAGUCAGAAAUAGAACAAGGAUUUGUUCAGUGUCAAGGUAGGAAACAAAAAGACUCAAGAAUAGGGAAUUAAGAAUUACUGUAUAGUUUAUUCCUUGUGACAGUAUAAAUUUAAAUUUUAGGAAUCCCUGUUGUUCCAAGCACCAUGUAUUCAGCAUGAGAAAGAUUGGUUUGUGAUUGUGUAUACGAGUCAUCCCUAAUGAUAGAUGUGCUGAACUGCCACAUGCCACCUGAGGAACCUUUAUAGAGUCAGAUAGGAGGCCGUGAUUGUUUCAAAUACAGAAUCCCAUGAGAAUUCUCUGGAACAGUCACUCAAGGCAGUUGGUCGGUUUCAUCUGAUAGUGCAACAUCCAGAAUAUAGAUUUGGUUCAGGGCAACUACAAUCACUUAAUGAGCCUUAAAUAUAGCCAUUAUUUUUAUAUUAGUAGCACAAAAGAAAACCAAAAGUCCUUAACCACUGGCCAUUUUAUCAUAUUUUAGGAAUUUUUUAAAAAUCAGGGUAUAGUAGGCAUUAAGUUUUAUUAGGAAACAUUGACUCCUGCUGAGGGAUUUCCAUAUUUAUUAAAAGUGCAAUUUUUUUCAGAACACAUUGACAUUAUUUUUUAAUUCUUCAUUUUUUCAAUUUUUCAAAUUAUAAUACAACAUAAGACUGAGAUAUUUUCCUGUUGCUACAAUGUGAAUAGAAUGAGAAUAAAUUGGAGGAAGGAUAUCAUUGAGUACCCAUGCUGUACAUUUUGAGCAUGCAUUCUUUAAUAUAACCCUUGUCCCAGCACUGAGAGGUAAUAAAGCAGCCUCACACAGCAGGACUAGGGACAAAGCUGGUAACUGAACACAAGUCUGUCUGCCCCUAAACUGUGUUCUUUCUCUUGUACCUGCACAACACUUAAAAUUGGCAAAGUGAAUUUUUACUUUCCAAGAAGCCACAUGUGCCAAGAAUAAAUCAAAUGAUGCUAAAGCAUAACAUAUUUAAAAAUAACUUUUAAAUAUAUAUUUUCACCCUGACAGUGACCCUUGUUAUAAUUUAUGAUUUUUGGAAGUAUUAGUAUGUAAGUAUAAUUCAAAGUCGUCGAAAUGUAAAACAUUUAGGAAUAACAUUAUUAGUAAUUAAUCUUUGAACAUUCAUUUUCCUUACAUGAUGUCUCCUUUUAACUGAGAAGUUUAAAACAAAACCUUGUGUGUUAUCCUGAUAUAGUUGAAUAAAUGAUUAUGUGUAUUUGUUCUUAUAUGGAUAGUAAUAUGAAUGUGACAUGCACAUAUUGUCCUCAUAAUUUCAAAGAAGUGUAAACACUUGUGUGAUAAAUAUUAAAGUGGACAUUUAUUUCAA